AUGGUGGAUUUGGAUUCGAGACAGAACUCGUUUCUGGUGAAUCUGGAGAGAAUGUUGGACUUUCCAACAACUGAGUCACCGAUUGGGACAAUCUUGAACAAGAACGGCAUCUCCUCCUCCUUUUGGUACCACACUUGGGCUCUGUUAGGUCCUCUGAUUUCUGUGUUAGAAGAACAUGGUCCGCGUAUGCUGAGAAUUAGGAAGGACGCUACAGUUUCUGAAGCGGUUCGCGAUGGUAAUUGGGUGCUUCCAUCUGCUAGAUCACCAGAAGCGGUUGUAUGGUUCAGAGAGCAUAUUCCCCGUAAUGCGUUCAUAACGUGGCUAGUCUUGUUGAGAAGACUACCCACUCGUGACCGUCUUCGUCGUUGGGGCUUAAAUGUACCAGCUUCGUGUGUGUUGUGCUCCACCGGUGUCGAGACACACCAUCACCUCUUCUUUGAGUGUGAAUUCUCUUCCACCUUAUGGAAGCACUUUGCGCAAGGAAUCAUCCCUGCUGUACCCUCAGACAUUCACUCUGCGGCUGCUUUAAUCUCUCUUAAUCGUCUUGGUCCUAAAGCCUCUGCAGUGAUUAAGCUUAUACUGCAAUACGCCAUCUACCUUAUCUGGAGACUGGAGGGAACGCAACUCUCGUAUUUUCACCUCCGUCUCCACCUCUGCUGA